AUGAUAUCUCCAAAUCCUGAUCAAAUGGGAGAUUUAAGAUCAGGCCUGCUUUCAGACUCUCACGAGGACCUAUCACAUGGAUUUAGUGAAAACAGUGUAAUGAGCACCCCUUCACAUUCUAGAUUCCCAAACUACAUAUAUGGAACAUCUGAUAUAAUUCGCUGCCCUUACUGUUUAAAAGAAAAUAUUCCAAAUAAAAUAUACCAGCCUAACUGCAUAACUUGAAAUAUGUGUGGAAGUAUUUGUUUACUACUUUUGUGAUCAGGCCAAUUUUUUUGCUUGCUCAGUGAAGGUAUUAAAUUUUAAAUGUAAAAUUUAUUUAAUUUAUAAAAUUUUUUUUUUUGUUGCUUGUGGGGUUAGUAGGCUGCUGGUUUGGCUUAUGCUUACUUCCUAUAUGUGAUUCUAAUUUCCAAGAAGCUACUAUUUAUUGCUCGCUUUGCAAUAAGGUAGUAAAUAGAAGAAUUCAGUAA